UACUCGCCGUGUAGUUCACCACGUUGAGCACAUCAUCCGAAGCUGCUGACACGAGCUGCACGCUCUGCGGAGUUGAACAAAAUCUGCAAUGAGAGGAGCACUGAUUGAAUUGCGAGCACUUUGCACUAAGUUCACGGAGGUUAUCGGAAUCCAGUACGACUGUGUUACAUGCAGACCCAACAUCACCUGGAGAAAUAGCAGCACACGGAUGCAAAAACACAUCGGCAGCCGGGAGCUGAAUUUCACACAUCCAUUGUGAUUCUGAAACGGCAUGAAAAAAAGUAUCUGAAUGGAAAACAUCGGCAACUGUUUACACAGACUUUAAUAUCGGUGGCCGUGCGUAGGAUAAGACCCAGAGCACGUAGGCAGGCAGGUAGGCAGGGUGACUAGCUCCAUGAUUGAACAGUAUGUGCACAUGACCAAGUAGUGUAGCAUGGGCCAAGGUUUUGCAGUGACGGUACAUCACAGCUGAACAAAAUCUGCAUGUUCUGAGUUCGCCGGGGAGUAGCUGAAGCCACGUUCAACGCAGUACCAUCACCGAGUACGAGAAGCGAGGAUGGAGCAGCGGGCACGCGGAGCGCACCACCGGGAACGCCUCGGGAGGGGCUUGGCAUGUGUCCUGGUGCUCUGGACAUGUGCCAAUUUUAUAAUACACGUAUCGGCUGACACAACUGCGGCGCUGACUGCUACCACCCAACCACCAAACGCUGAUAGAUCGACAUCUUCAGGAACACUAAAGCCCCAAACAUCGAGUUCUGGAAGCGACAGCCCCGCUACAACGCUCCCAGAACCCAAUAGCCUACCCCCAGAAACUCCUAGUCCUGCAAACUUGGGCACGACAGUUUCUGUGCCAUCAACCAUAAUUCCUACAAAGUCUUCAUCAGACUUUCCUACAACUAGGUUACCUGCAACGCAAAGCAGCGCAACAGCUGUAGACAGACUUUCUACAACAACAUCAACAUUUGCAACAACUAUUGGUCCCUCAAAAGCACCCACCACGCCCCUGAAUACUACCACCAAUUCAACUAGUUUGAAAACUGUUACACCUGCCGAUUACGUCAUCCACGAUGUUACCUGGAACCCUGCUCCCACGCCGGAAACAACACGCGUCGCCACCACGCCGCAAGGGGACCAAACUAGUAGCGCCGUUUUAGGAAGCACUUCCGGGUCAGUGAACGCAGUGACAACAGCGGCACCGACGGUGACCUCCACCGAGUUUGAAACAAGUGUGGUCGUCGUCUUGGAAACGGUUGUUCUUGAGAUUACGGACGGGCAAGAAACGGUUGAAUAUGUUACGCCAAAUGGAAACACGACUAUCGGUGGUGGUCCUGGUUUGGACCCAGACCGUGAGAAAGAUGAAUUAAAGAAGCUUCUUUUCAUCGUCGGGGGCUCUAUCGGGGGAGCUUUAGUAGCCAUCCUCAUCAUCUUUGCCAUCGUUUAUCGAUUCGCUAAAAGGAGGAAACAGAGGGCGAACAGUCGAUACUACAACUUCAAGAAAAAGAAGUCAAACUACGAGAAAGUUUUACAUCUUCAAGAGUACUACGGCGAGGUGGAUACGGACAACUCCUCAGCAGGCACCGGCGCCGCCUGGGUGUUCCAAGAGAACGAGGGAGAUGCCAGCAAGACAAUCACGCUGGAACUAGACCCUAAAGAUAAGGAGAAACCGGUAGGCCGAUCAGGAAGGAGACACAAGAGCAGGAACAAAAACAAGAAUAACCGGAAUAAGAGUGGGGUCGGUAGGGGCAACUACCAAGUCCUAGCCGAGAUGUUCCCCACGCGGAACAUCCCACCUGACGUCCUGCUGUCGGCAGAUGGCGCUGUGCAUAGCAACAGCGAGGACGAGGAGGGCGCCAUCUUGGAUACAUGUUUUGGUGCGUCGUUGGUGGCGCACUCGCCCGAGGACCGAUCGGACGUCGGGUCGGCUGCGGCUUCGGACAGAUUGUCGUCCAAGGGUUCCUUCAACAGUGGCGGAAAGUCAUCGUGGCCGGCCUGGAAUAACAGGCCGUAUGUGACGAUCAGACCGGAAGAUGACACCGUGGUUGAGCUGUAACCUUUGGCUUAUGACCUGUUUCUUGCAUUUAGUUAAAAAUCAGAUCAAGGAACUUCUAUUUUUCAAAUUCAGUGAAGCAGCUUCGGUCAAGUUAUUUGAGUUUCAUUGUUCUUGAUUUCGAAACUAAUGCAGUGAAGUGCUUCAAACUUGGACGUGAUUUUUUUUUCACGUCAAAAUCAGCUCUUUUUUUUUCGCUGCAAAAAAAGAAAUGCAAAACUUCAGCUUCGCACGCAUGGACCAUCACUGAUUUCGUGCCAAAAAUACAGAUUACAUGCAUGCCAACACUUUGCAGAAUUGGCACUAGGGCCUGAACAAAAUGUUGUAUUCCAAAGCAAUGAUUUUACUGAAUGAUGAACAACUUGAGAAACGUGUCGGGAACUCAACUUUAAAUACUAUUGAAACGGCUAAAUGUGUAACUGUAGGCCUAUUCUGGAGGAAUUUGUUAAAAGGUGCAAAAAGCUACUCACAUUUUGUUUACACAAAAAGCACAUUUUUUUUAAAGCAAAAAUAAACGUAAUGUUAUUUCUGAAGAAGCGUUCACGCCUAAGCAUUAUGCAGUUUGCGCAUGCGCCUGUUUCAAAAUGACCGCCAUGUAAUGGUGACCUAAGAGGAAAGGAGUGAAAGUGCAAUGUCGCUUUAAAGCACAACUCUGGUUCAUUUAUUUUGUAUUGUUGCAAGCAGUGAAAAAUUAAGUAAUAAGUUUGUUUAUAACGAGGCUGUAUGAUUUCAAACGAAUGAUCUGUAGGCCUAUAUUGCAGGAUACAUUUAAGAUUCAUGAAACCGAGAAUUGACAUGGAAUGAUCUUUAAAUAAUUUGCCAACAGGGUCAAGAUUGUAUUCACAAUAAUUUCUGAAAUAAAUUGCUGAGCAUGAUUAAUUAC